ACACCUUUGCACACUGUUUGCCAAGCGCCAUUUAAUAUAAGAAGAAGAAAAAGGAAAACGAGAAAAAAACAACACAGACAUGUAGUCGCACAACAGAUGGUUGUCCCGGUUACAGCGAACAGUUAUGGGUGGGUCCAGAGUUUGUUUGAAGAUGGUGGUCUGUCUUCAUUAGCGGUUCCGUAUGGCGUGGCCGGUCCAGUUUCUCUUCCGGGGCCUUCGCACUGUCGGAUUGGUUCUCCUCUACUAUGUCUUCUCCAUAGGCAUCACCUUCUAUAACAAAUGGCUGAUGAAAGGCUUCCACUAUCCCUUGUUCAUGACGCUGGUUCAUCUUGGCGUCAAUUUCUGUCUGUCAGCUCUGGCGCGGCGGGCUAUGCAGUGCUGGACAGGGAAACCCCGCAUCAUUCUGACUUGGGAAGACUACCUCCGUAAAGUGGCUCCAACAGCCUUGGCAACAGCACUGGAUAUAGGACUUUCCAACUGGAGCUUCCUCUUCAUCACCAUUAGUUUGUACACCAUGACCAAGUCCUCAGCAGUGCUGUUCAUUCUCUUUUUCUCUCUCGUGUUCAAACUAGAGGAGCCGAACCCCUUCCUGAUCCUCGUGGUCCUGCUGAUCUCCAGCGGCCUCUUUAUGUUUACAUUUGAAUCGACUCAGUUCAACAUGGAGGGCUUCAUCAUGGUGCUCUUGGCCUCCUUUAUCGGGGGAAUCCGCUGGACCCUCACUCAGGUCCUCAUGCAGAAAGCGGAGCUGGGUCUUCAGAAUCCCAUCGAUACCAUGUACCACCUCCAGCCUCUCAUGUUUCUUGGACUUUUUCCCCUUUUUCUCUACAAUGAAGCGCUGAGCCUGAGUGCUUCGGAGAAGUUAUUCCGGGUGACGGAGCUCUCUCCACUCCUCUAUUCCCUCAUGACGCUGAGUGCAGGCGGCACGCUGGCCUUCGGGUUGGGCUUUUCUGAGUUCCUCCUCAUCUCCAAAACCUCCAGCCUCACAUUGUCGAUAUCAGGAAUCUUUAAGGAGGUUUGUACGCUGCUUUUGGCAGCAUCUCUGCUGGGAGACAGAAUGAGCAAACUGAACUGGCUGGGGUUCGCAGUGUGUCUCUGUGGGAUUUCUUUACACGUGGGGCUCAAAACAUACUAUUCCAAAAAUAAGGUUCCUUCUAUUCGGCAGCUCAGCAGUAAAGGUUCAGAGCUGCAGUUGCCAUUACUUCGGCAGAACGGAGAUAAAUGUGAGGAUUCAGCUGCUGAUGACUAUGACGAUGAAGAGGAGGAGCAAGAAAUCUCACUGCAUUGACAAAACCCCACUUGCACCCAGCUCAUUCCUUAACUUUUACAGAAGCUCUUCCAGCUUCUUCGUUUCUGUUUUCUUCUAUCUGAAGGGCUUCAGUGUGACACAAGCCUCUUAGUUUUUUUCUUUUAGAUUUUUUUUUUGUUGUUGCUUCCUUAUCUAUACAUUUCUCUAUGGACUUAAAAUGCAACAAAAAAUAAGAUAUUUUGAUAUUAAAUUGUAGCAAAUACAGUCAAAUAUGAAUUUAUAAUGUCUGACAGGUGAAGAAACAGUGCUAUAUCUUUACAGCAAUGUUCUGACACAUCAGAUGAUGGAGUUUUUUUUUUUCCUUAUCCAUCAGCCACAUUGGAGAUAUCUUCGAUGUUAAUCUGAUAGUUAGUGGAGAAUAAGUUUGGACAAUUUUUUAUUUUUUUUCCCCUAAAGUUAAUGUGUAACAUAAAUCUACCAAUUCUGAAAAAAUAUUCCUAUUAAUUCUGGUUCCAAUUUUCACAUAUUCAGUAUUUUUAUUUUUUAAGGGCUAUAAUGAAUAUGAUAAAAAAGUAAUUACAGGUUCUUUGAUUGAGGUGAAAUUUUUGAAUCCAACAGAAAAUGACUAAAUUAGAUAAUCAUCUCUAUUUUAUGUGUUGUAUCAUAAAGUUGUCAUCCUUUUUCCGAUUAAUAGGAUUAAGAGGAUCCUGUGUGUGUUUAAAAGAAGAGUGCUCACAGUUCUUAGUUCUGAUGUGUUUUAUGGAUGUGAGGAAAAAUUAUUUUUCAUUAUUCCACUUGAUAAUUAAGAGAAAGUUAGCCAUUUCCUGACUCUGGCCAUUGAUUGUUGCAUCAAUAUUAAUAUUUUCCAUACAGCUUGACAUUAAGCAGCUAUCAGAUGUCAUAGACCUAAAUAUAAUUUCAUAGUGUUUAUCAGGAUACUUUGACCAAUAUUUAAAACGCUGUGCCUGUAAAUUUAAAGCUUGGUUCAAUGUUGGUUAGGUUACUAACAUUUUCCAGGCUUUUUCUUAUAUUUCAAAGCUGUGCCUUAUUAUGAGCUAUUUUUGCUAAAGAGUAUGUCUGUGAUUUGCAUAGCUAUUUAUUAAAAGAUUUUGAUGUGUAUAAUUUUCAGUGGAAGGAGACUAAUAAAAAGGGUGUAAAAAUUUACAUCUUAUUUAAAUUUUUAAUAAAUUUGUUUCAGUCA